AAGAGGUUACAUUUACUUUGAUAUUGAAUUGUUUGUAGGAUAUUAUAGUGUAAGCUAAGGUGAAUCACAAUAUGUCCGAGUCAGGUUCAAAUAGUACUAAUGGGCAGCAGCAAGGGAUGAUGAAGCAGAAGCAGAAUCCAUUGGAAUUCACUCACGACAAGAUCCUAGAGGAUGUUUACAGAACACAUUUUCAUUGUCUUGAAAAGUGUGAUGCAGCAUCUCUUUACACUGUUGCCUCAAAUGUUCUCAACCAGUCCAUGGAUAUCACUGAGAAGGUGAUUGCUAAGGGUGAUCAACCCAUGGAUGGGUUCAAAGAAGACACCAGCAUAACUUCCCAACAACUUGCUGCUAAACUGAAGCGAAUAGCGUAUCUGAUGAUAUGCACACCUCGUGGUGAAUAUCCAGUGCAUUGCACAACGAUGUUGAUUCUGGAGCAGCUCAAACAUUAUUCAUGGGAUGCAAAAGUGCUCAUAGUUGAAGCAGCUUUUGCCCUUGAAUACGGAAAAUUCUUGUACCUUCUUCCUCUUAUAGCACCAUGCCAGCAGUUUGAAAGUUCAUUUGCAGAUUUGCAUGGACUUUUAAUGGUUCCACAAAACACAAAGCACGUCACUCACUUCAACAGUGUGGUGAAGAAGGUGAUGCAGGUGGUUGAAUGCAUCACUGAGUGGAAGAAGCUUGUCAGUGCAGGACAUGACAUAAGGGACGUUCCUACAUUGGCAGAAACUUUGCAAGAGAUCCCUGUUGUUGUGUACUGGGCAAUCUUUACCUUUGUCUCUUGCACUGGUGAAAUCAAUGACUUCACUGAUAACAAGUAUCAAAGACAUGAAUUAUCGACUAAUUUGGAGAAGAAGCUUAACUCCAUUCUAGGAGAAUUUAAAGAACUUCUAAAAAAGUGUAUCAACGAGAUAGAAAGAAUUGAGGACUUCACGAGCCGUAAGAACAUUGUGACUCGUGGUAGAGAUAUUGUAAAGGUUUUGAAAGCACUCAUAUUUUGUGGAGAAAAGAGGGAUUUAAGACAGAAUGUGUAUUAUUUUGGCCUCACGGAAAAACAGGUUAAACUGGAAGAGUUUAAAAAGAAGUGUGUUUUAUUAUUCAUUUCGGGUCUUGAAAAUGUUGACGAUGACAUUAAAAUUUUAAACUCAGUAAACGAGAAGUUGAAGGAGAAAGCAAGAGAAGUAGAAAACUAUCGAAGUGAAGACUUCAAGAUUUUGUGGAUCCCUAUUGUGGAUCAAUGGAACGACCAAGGUAGAAAAAAGUUAGAAAAUAAAUUACGUGAUACUAAGUUUGGAUGGUACGUGGUUAAAUAUUUGAAUUUUGAAACAAGCCUCAAGUUAAUUAAGGAAGUGUUCAAGUACGAGAAAAAAAAUGUUAUCACAUUAAUGAAUCCUCAAGGUAAGGUGGAAAAUUUUGAUGCAAAGCAAAUUAUAUCUCAGUGGGGCAUCGAUGGGUUUCCGUUUAGAACUUCUGAUCAAACCAGACUUAGUCAACAAUGGAAGUGGUUUUGGUCUGAAAUCACCAAAUUCAUCAAAGAAAUAGAGAACUUGCAAAAUCAGAUUGAAGAAGAGGAUUGCUAUAUCUUCAUCUAUGGAGGGUCCGACACUAAGUGGGUGGAAGAAUUCACAACAGCCAUGGAUGCACUGAAGAGGAAGGUUGAAUCGAACGUGGAUUUAAACAUGACAAUAGAAUCAUUCCAACUAGGAAAGGAAGACAGCAAAGAUGUUCCACGCUUUUGGAUUGCUAUUGAUAGCUUGCUUACAAGCAGGAAACAAGUGAAGGGUGGUGAAAGAGGGAAUGAGUUUGCAACAAAUGACAUAAAGAGGUUGUUGUUCCUCAAACAAGAUCCUAAGGGAUGGGCCAUUCUAAGUAAAGGAAAAAAUGUGAGGCUUCUUGGUCAUGGUGAGGCCAUGUGUCGCACAGUCAAAGAAUUCGACACAUGGCAUGACAAAUUAAGGCCAAUGAGCUUUGAUGUGGCUUUCACAGAGCACUACAGAGGGAUCAAGGAAAAAGAUGGUUCCAAAAGAUGUGAAGAAAAUGUAAUUUGUUAUGGUCACCCAACGGAUAUAGUGGAACGUAUAACGUGUCCAAAAAAGGAUUGUCGACGUCCAAUGGAGGUAACUUCUGUUAAUUUCAAGUGUUGUCAUCAACACAAACAAUAGACAAUUUCGUGAAAAACCAUUCUAGCUUCCAUGCAUGUUGACUUCACCUUUGUGUAAAUCAGUUUACAUAAGUAAUUGUAGAUAAUAAUGAUUUCCGGCUUAUAGUUUCUUUAUCUUUCUCAAUGAAUUUAUCAAAG